AUGGCUACCGCUUCUAAUUUCUUAAAUACGUUGUCGUCGUCAACUGCUGUUGUAAAUGUAUAUAAUAAUAAUAAUAAUAGCAAUCAUCAUCAUCAUCAACAUACAUCAAAUGGAGGCAAUACAUCGUCAGACACAAAUAAUAUAAAUCCACAGCAACAAAAGCUUUCACAGCGUAAUUCUUCUCCUUCUCUACCUUCAAAUGAUUUUCAUCCACCUCGAGUUACAACAACACCCUCAUUAUCUGUUUAUACUAAUAAUAAUGAUACAACCUCGUAUCAAAAUUUUAAUGUUCAUCAAUAUGAUGGAAAUUCACCACCAUUGUAUAAUACUGGUUCAACAACAACAAAUAUUGCUGCCACAAGCUCAACAGCAGCAGUUGCAGCACAAGCUGCCAUUAAUUUUUAUCGCAAUGUGCCAUCUUCAUCACAAGAUCCAUAUUAUUCAUCAUUUAAUCAGAAUUCAGCAAUAUUUGAUUAUGCUUCACAUCCACAUCAAACCCUUUUACAUCAUCCAAUUGGUGGUUCAUCUCAUUUUACAACAAAUUCUCAUCCUCAUCAUAUUACAGAAAAUAUUAAUCAAUUUUCAAAUAAUUCGACUAUACAUAAUCCAUUUGCGACAACAAUGCAUAACUUAUAUAAUCAAAAACAAGAUGCAUUUCAACAUCAUCCACAACAUAAUAUAUUUCCUUGGAUGAGACGAAAUUUACACAUUGGAUGUGGUAAGUUUAAGUUUUAA